GAAAUACCAAACUCAUCAUAUCAUCAUAUCUUCAAUUUUUAAUUCUCCAGUCUGUCAUCUUUUUAUUCACAACUCACUCUCUCUGUAACUUUCACCAAACCCUAAUUCCCAAUUUCACCACUUUCCACUGUCGCCAUCACCCAAGAUUCAAAAAUCCAUACUUUACACCAAUUACUUCGUUUCCCAUUAUUUAUUUUAUCUUAAUUUGAUUUUAUUCGAUUCUUCUCACGAUGAAAGAAGCUAAAUCUGCUAAACUAAAUCACCAACUACAGCACCAGAAUGGUCACCUUUCUCCUUUCAAAUUCGCUAAAUUGCUCGAUCCAGAAGCUUCCUGGGACAAGGAUCAAUUGGGAGAUGUAUUGCAUUGGAUUCGACAAGCAAUGGGCCUUGUAUUUGGAUUACUUUGGGGUACCUUUCCAUUGGUUGGAGGAAUUUGGUUUAUCCUCUUUUUAGUUUUGUCCUCCGGGAUUAUAUAUGCGUAUUAUUCAGUAAUAUUGAAGGUUGAUGAAGAGGAAUUUGGCGGCCACGGAGCCCUCCUCCAAGAGGGUCUUUUUGCAUCUACAACUCUUUUCCUGCUUUCCUGGAUUCUAGUCUACAGUUUAGGACACUUCUGAUUGGCGUGAAACUUGUAGUGUUGCUGAUAUUUCUGAACAUCUGUGACAUUUAAAAGUUUAUAUUUGGUUUCAUGUCGGGCCAUGGUGUUCUGAAAUCAAUGAGAAAAAUGUGGGUUGCGGGUAUUUACUUUUCUGUGUAAAACGUUCUGAUUUUGUGGAGGGUGAACAAAUUUUCUUCUGCUUUCCAUGAUGGUAAGUAGCAGUUCUAGCUAGCAUUCCGAAUGACACCACAUGUCUGUGGCAAAUUAUGGAUCGCAGAACUAACGACAAUCCAAAUUCUGUUAAACUAUUGAAUAAAGUUGCUUGCAGGCAAAUUCUGAAGUUCAUUUUUGCAAUUGUCAAAAUUACUUUAUGCUCUCUAUCUGUCCCAAUAUUUUGUUCCACUGAUUCCCCCAUUCAAUACUUGAAUUCUGAAGAUUAUGAUAUUAAAAAGUUUGCAAUGCACACUAUCAGGCUUGCAUGUCAAAUGUUUCUUGAUGACUGCAUGACUAGCUGUGCACAUUACACACAUGUUUAAUAAAAGUUUGUUUAGUUUCUAAAAGUA